AUGUCGAGAAGGGUUCAAAAUGUGGAACUCGAUAUUUCAAACGAUCAUGUUGUUCUUUAUUCAAUAUGUUUGUUGUUACUUACAAUUCAACUUGCAGUUUCUUGCGGUUCAUAUUCAGGAAAAAAUAAACCAAAAAUGUUUGGCGAUUUUGAAGCUCAAAGGCAUUGGAUGGAAAUAACUUUCAAUUUGCCUAUUAAUUUGUGGUACGUAAAUGACACUAAUAAUGAUCUAAAUUAUUGGGGUCUCGAUUAUCCUCCAUUAACUGCAUAUCACAGUUAUAUUAUGGGAGUGAUCAACUCAAAACGAUUAUCCCUUCUUACUUAUACCGGGAAAUCGCAUAAACUUUUUAUGCGAAUAUCAGUUUUGAUCACAUUUUGGAUUAUUUAUAUACCACCUAUCAUUGCUUAUAUCGAAUUUUUUUCAUUCUAUAAACCAAAGAAUUUAUACUUUAUGAUUGCUAUUCUAUAUCCAGGGAUUAUUUCAUUGGAUAAUGGUCAUUUUCAGUAUAAUCAUAUUUCACUUGGCAUUUUCCUUAUUUCAUUUAUUUGUCUUAUUUCUCGUUAUUUUACGCUUAGUUCUAUCCUAUUUGUUUUGGCUUUUAAUUAUAAACAGAUGGAAUUAUAUCAUUCAUUGCCCAUAGCAGUCUUUUUAUUAUCAACAGCGUAUUAUUCAUUUUUUCAAGAUUUGACGAUAAAUAACUUUUGCCAUCUCUUCAAACUUUUUGUCGCAGUUGUCUUAACUUUUUCGGUUUUAUGGUUUCCUUUUUUCUAUCAUGGAGUUGCGUUUGAUGUGCUGAAGCGCAUAUUCCCUUUUUAUAGAGGUCUUUUCGAAGAUAAAGUUGCGAAUUUUUGGUGCACUUUUAGCGUCCUUAUAAAGUUUAAAUCACUUUUCUCUAUUGAAUAUUUUACAGUUGUUGUGCUGCUUGUUGUUUUGCCGAGUCUGCUAAUUCUGUUUGCUCAGCCAACAUCAGUUAAUUUCAAAAUUUCGCUCUUUAUUUCGAGUUUAGCUUUCUUCCUUUUUUCAUUUCAAGUUCACGAAAAAUCAAUCCUUAUAGCAGCAGUGUGGGUUAUUUCUAACAAUUCUUUUUAA